AUGGUGUAUGGACAGGUGUUUCCCCAGCACAGCUCUGGAGACUGCUUCAUCAAUGUUAAUGUCGGAGGUUUCAAACAGCAGAUGGAGCACACGGUGCUGCAACGCUUCCCACAGACGCGUCUUGGGCGUCUCCUGUGCUGCAGCUCCAAAGAAGCCAUCCUGGAACUCUGCGACGAGUUCAGUCCCUCUGAGAUGGAGUUCUACUUUGAUCGCAGUCCCCAUUUCUUCUGUUACGUGCUCAACUUUUACCUCACGGGUAAAAUGCACCUGGCAGACGGAUUAUGUGUGAUUUCAUUCGUCCAGGAGAUUGAAUACUGGGGCAUCAAGGAGCGUCAUCUGGACCUUUGCUGCAGCAACAAAUUCUAUGAGCUGAUGGAGGUGGCUGGGGACAAGCAGUGGGACCAGAUGAGCGAUGAAGUGCAGCUCAACAGCUCAGCCUCUUCCACUGAGGAGCCGUCAGCCUCGGAGGACAACAUAGAAAUGUUUGAAGGCUCCUGGUGCGCAGAUGUUCGCAGCAAUAUUUGGAUUCGACUUGAGAAUCCAGGUCACUCCACUUCAGCCAAAGCAAUUGCUGUGGCCUCCCUGAGCAUGGUUAUCAUCUCCAUUGUAGCCAUGUGCGUUAACAGCAUGCCGGACUUCAACCAGUUCGAUGUCAACGACCAAGAAGUCGAAAACCCAGUGAUGAACUUCUUUGAGAACUUCUGUGUCCUGUUCUUCUCUGUAGAGUUCAUCCUCCGUUUGGCUGUUGCACCAUCGGCGAAGAGGUUCUUGUGCCGUCCUCUCAAUAUCAUUGACUUCAUGACAGUUAUGCCCUUUUAUGUCACUUUGGCCUGUGACAUGAUGGCUGAAGGCGAUAGCACAGAGCUGGAGAACGUUGGCAAAGUGGUGCAGAUCUUGAGGUUGAUGCGAGUGUUUCGCAUCCUGAAACUUGCCCGCCACUCGGCCGGCCUUCGCUCCCUCGGUUCCACCCUGCGAGACAGCUUCAGCGAGGUCGGCCAGCUGAUGCUUUUCUUGUCUGUGGGCAUCUCCGUGUUCUCUUCUCUUAUUUACUUUGUGGAAAAUGAAUCUAAAGAGUCAGAUCUGGAGACCAUACCUAUUUGCUGGUGGUGGGCCACCAUCAGCAUGACGACGGUGGGCUACGGGGACACCAUCCCUGUUACGCCAGCUGGGAAGGUGGUAGGCUCCCUGUGCAUCAUCUGCGGACUGCUGAUUGUAGCUCUGCCCAUAACUAACAUCUUCAACAAGUUCUCCAAGUUCUACGAGAAAAAAGGCACAUAGAUCUCAGACAGAACAA